AGUUUCCGGCCGAGGGGGACACUUCCCGCGGAGGGACUGUCCCGUGGCACCCGGCAGGGCCGCGGAGGACGUGGAAGGCCGGGAGCGGCGGCGAUGAACAACCCCAGCCUGGACGAGUUCCGCCGGUGCUGGCAGGAGGAGCUGGCGCAGGCCCAGGCUGUGCGGAAGCGGCGGCGGCCGGAGGCUGCGGAGCGGCGGCCGCGGAGGCCCGAUGUGGGCCCCGGACGCGGGGAGCAGGCCUCGGGGUACCUGGCGCUGGCCCAGGGCCUUCUGGAGGGUGCGGGGCGGCCCCCAGCGGCGCGGGUGACCCGGACCGAGAGGCAGGAUGCGGCGAGCCGUUCGCGUUCCCCGCCGGCCCGUGAGGGCGCCGGGGGCGGGGAGCAGCUGGUGGACCAGCUCAUCCGCGACCUGAAUGAAAUGGAUGAUGUGCCCUUCUUUGAUAUUCAGCUGCCUUACGAACUGGCAAUCAAUAUAUUUCAGUACCUGGACAGGCAAGACCUGGGAAGGUGUGCGCAGGUGAGCAAGACGUGGAAGGUGAUUGCCGAAGAUGAAGUGCUGUGGUACAGGCUGUGCCAGCAGGAAGGGCACCUUCCCGAGAGCAGCAUCUCUGAUUAUUCCUGCUGGAAGCUCAUCUUCCGAGAGUGCCGCGCCAGGGAACACAUGUUAAGAACCAACUGGAAGAAUCGCAAGGGUGCCGUGAGUGAGCUGGAGCACAUUCCCGAUGCAGUUUUAUGUGACGUGCACUCUCACGACGGCGUUGUCAUUGCGGGAUACACAUCGGGGGACGUGAGGGUGUGGGACACCCGCACCUGGGACUACAUCGCCCCCUUCCUGGACUCCGAGUACGAUGAGGACGACGAGCCUGGAAUGCAGCCAUACGUCUCCUUUGUGAGGAUAAACAGCUCGCUGGCGGUAGCGGCUUAUGAGGAUGGAGUUCUUAAUAUUUGGGAUCUAAGGACUGGAAAGUAUCCUAUCCAUCGCUUUGAGCAUGAUGCGAGAAUUCAGGCACUGGCCCUCAGCCGGGAAGGUGCAACUGUUGCCACAGCUUCUGCUUUUGAUGUUGUAAUGCUGCACCCCAACGAGAAGGGCUGUUUGCAGAUAGCUGCAGAAUUCGAAGUUCAGAAACUGGUUGAUUACCUUGAAAUAGUUCCGGAUACCGGAAGGUACCCUGUGGCAGUAGCCACUGCUGGAGAUCUGGUAUACCUGCUAAAGGCCGACGACUCUGCCAGAACCCUCCAUUACGUCUACGGCCAGCCUGUCACCUGUCUGGAUGUCUCAGCCAACCAGGCUGCUUUUGGAGUGAAGAGCCUCGGAUGGGUGUACGAAGGAAACAAGAUCCUGGUGUACAGCCUGGAAGCAGAACGCUGCCUCUCGAAGCUGGGCAAUGCACUGGGCGACUUCACGUGCGUCAACCUCAGGGACAGCCCUCCCAGUCUCAUGGUCAGUGGCAACAUGGACAGGAGGGUGAGGAUCCAUGACCUGCGCACUGACAAAAUCGCCUUGUCGCUCUCUGCCCACCAACUUGGAGUCUCUGCAGUCCAGAUGGACGACUGGAAGAUCGUCAGUGGAGGCGAGGAGGGCCUGGUCUCCGUGUGGGAUUAUCGGAUGAACCAGAAGCUGUGGGAGGUACAUUCCAGACACCCCGUCCGUCACAUCGCCUUCAGCAGCCACAGCCUUAUCACGGCCAACGUGCCCUACGAAAGGGUGGUGCGCAACUCCGACCUGGACGGCUUCGCCACGCACAGGAGACACCGGGGGCUGAUCCACGCCUACGAGUUCGCAGUGGACCAGCUGGCCUUUCAGAGUGCCCUUCCCGUCUGCCGUUCAUCCUGUGACACCAUGGCGGGCCACAACUACGACCUCGCGCUUGCUUUUCCCUACGACGGCAUUUAGGAAGCAGCCUCAUCCGGGAGCAGGGAGAAAAUGGCAAGAACCAGCUUUACAGUCCUGAAAACAGAGGGACGCUGCACCAGGUUUUAAACGCACCCCCACAUUCCUGACCUGCCUUCGCUUUUCUCUCGAGGCCUGUGGGCAGCUGCAGUUUGUCAGACCUCGCUCAUGGCUCUGCGCUCCAUCAGGUACUGAUGGCUCGGAGAGAUACCUCCUUCCCCCGCUACACACACACACACACACACACACACACACACACACACACACACACAAGCGCGCGCGCCACGCCCUGCGUCCGCUCCCUACCUGUCUCAGGUGACACCCCCAGCCAUCCUUCUGGCUCCUCGGGCCCAGUGGGGCUCCCUUCUCUCGUGGACACCUCGUGGGUCUCCCACAGCAUCGUGUACACUACAGGGCAGGGCUGCAGCUCCACCUGAGGCCUGGCAUUGUCACUGUGAAUAGGCCCUUCUGGGCCCUGCCCGGCCUCCCGGCCACCUUUCCAUUCUCCACACCUUUUCCUCUUUGGGGCCUUUGGAUGUGCUGGUCUCUGAGUCCACAAGGCCCCAACGCCCAUGCAUUCUUUGGACCUGAGAUCUAGUAUUCACUCAGAGUGGUCUCUGACCCCCCCAGACCCCCCCACCCCAGUGUAAACCUGCAAUAGCACUACCUUCUCCUCAGAGCUUUUACCACAGUUUCUAAUUAUAUAUUUAUACCAUUAUUUCAUUCAUGACUAUUUUGCUUACUAUGGUGUCUACAACAUGUGAUCCAAAGUAUAUAUUUUCUACAUAUUCAUUGACUAAACAGCCAUCUUCUACAAAGAGUAAGUAGGGGAAGAGCUAUCAGAGGAAGCAUCAUGUUCAACCACUAAGAGAAAGCAGGGCAACACGAGAGAACUGUUCAGUUUGAUAAAUAGCUUCCAUUUCCAAAGGAUUCAGAGGGCAAACCAUUGCAUUCCUCGCGAUUUAGUGUUCCCAGCAGCAGCCACCUAAUACACCUUUAGAAUAUCAAAGCAGAAACAGAACUACAAAGAGAAACAAAGUCCAUGCUCAUAGUGAGUGAGCAACAGAUCAAAUCAGUAAAAAUAUUUAAGCCUCAGAAGGAUUUACUGAAUUUACAAGCUUGAUCUAACAGCUGUCUAUAGAAUUUUGUACCUUUUCAAAUACCUGUAGACCAUGCACAAAAGAUGACCAUGUAUGAAGACCACCAAAAAAAUCCCAGAUUGCACAAAGUUUGCUAUGCACAGGCCAGAGUCAGUGACCUCCCUGGUCCCCCGGCCCUCAAUGCACUAAAAGUAGAAAUCAACAAAAAGCUAAAUAAGGAAACAAAAAAUCACCUACCUGCAAAUGCCAAACACUCCUGAAUUAAAGAGGGAAAUCAAAAUGGAAAAUAGGCGCUCUCUAGACCAGGGUGACAGUGAAAGCACAAAACCCAGAACAGGACUGGGAGAAACAGUAAGCUGUCAGCUUAGAAAGCUUGGAAAGGUAACAGUGAUCCCCAAGAAGGUAGAAGGAAGGAGUUAAAGGAUAAAAAACACAUGAGUGAAGUAGAAAACCAACCAACCGUCACGUUUCAGAAAGCCCUGCAGUUUUUUUGAAAAGACAAAAUACACAACUCUUGCUCAAGAAGAAAAACAGGGGGCACAAAGGACCGCCAGGAACAGGAAAGGAGACAACUACAGACAAAGAAUAAAGAUUUUCAGUGCGGGGACGGUGUGGCUUUUCUACUGUACAUGAGCAUAUAAAAUUGGGACAUGCGUGCCAUCACUCGAGCCCUAGACCCUUGAGUCGUGACGGUUUUGGAAGGUUUUCCAGAUUGCUUAAGAUAUCCAGUUGUUCAAAAUCCACAUCCAGCUGGAUAGGACAGAAGAGAGAGCUGUAGCACUUCUCAACCCAGGGAGCACUGCUUUCUCUCAGACUGCCCCUCUGGGGGAGGCCACACUGUCAGGGUGGCGUUCUGCUUCCUUUCAACCAAAUUACUUCAUACACGAAGCCAGUCUGCAUUUAGCAAAUGAAGUAUUUACUGUCACUGGCAUAUGGUGGCCUGACCCCCUGGUGACCUCGCUCUAUAAGGUUUUCAUCUCUCAUAGUCUUAAUGCAACUGGACCAAAUUAUUUUUCUUUUAAGAAGCAGUCCUUUCCAGUCAAAUUUCAUAGUUCAUUUUGCUUUCCUAGCUUGGCAGCAAUUUAAGAUAAUUGAAGAAUUUAAAAGCCUUCAGACCCAGAAAAAUUUUACUAAAAUUAAAAAUAUUUUUAAACUAUUCUUAUUCACUGCCAGCAACUGGUCCGGUGUAAAAUGUUACAAGUGCAGGGUUCCCCCCACCCACCCAGCCUGUUUAUAACAUAAGUCCCAUUCAUGAAAAAUGCCUGGGUUUUGUGAAGCAGAGUUUAUCGGACCCAAAUCGUAAUUGAAGCAUACCACCCUCAGUCACUGUUUCCUGCUGUAAAUUUUCCAUCCUGGAAGAGAACGGCCUGAUGCGGGAAGGAUCAAAGUUCCUUUAUUACAUAAACCAACAUUUACCCAGCAACAAAAAAAGUCUCGGUCCCAUCUGCUCCUCCUGCCUUACCUUUCUCCCCGUUGGCUAUUUUGAGAGAGCUUCUUCACAAGUUCUGAGUUGGUAGUGGAUUUAUCGUCUCCUUUUCUUCUUGUCGUCUUCUGCUUCUCAAAUUUUAUCCCCCGCUGUCUCCCCUACAGACAGAAGAGACUCAGAUACACUUUGGGGGGGGGCGCACAUCCCAGGCCCUACUGUCUUGUCUCAAAACAUUGUAUGACUUCUGCUUUCUGCUUGAUAAUACGUCUGUGUGGGUUCUAAUAUUAAAUUCUUAAACUUUA